CCGUGUCCCUCUCCCCCUGCCCUCGCCUCCCUCUCUAGUGGCGGCCGCGCUCCCCCGCGAUGGCCGCCGCCCCGCCGCCGCCGCGGCUGCCGACGGCGCACCGCGACGGUGGAGACGCCCCCGUCCCGCUCUUCCUCGACACCGAUCUCGGCACCCGCCUCGCCCUGCUCGUCGCCCCCGACACCACCAUCCGCGGCCUAAAGUCGCGGGUGGACGCGGAGCACGCAGCCGCCUUCCCCGACCUCGGCCCCGUCUCAGUCAAGUCCUUCGAGGUCCGGCGGAAGGGUGUACUGUAUCACCUAUCUGAUUCAAUGACAGUGACGAGUGCCUUCACCAAAAUCAAAGGUGGGUGCUUUCUUCAUGUCAAGAUGACAGAGGCGGCGGCAGCCACACGCUGCUGCCAAGACGAUGGAAGGAGAUCAAGUGAUGGUCGUCUUGGAAUUCAUGUGGAGAAGCUUGUCCAGGAGCUCCCUGCGAUGACAUCAGAAAUUGCUCGUGAUGUGCUUCCUCAAAUGCUAGAAGGUGGUGACGCUGCUGCAGCGUUGAAUGAUGUUCAAGCACGUGAUGCAUUACCAUCCUCAUCACAGCUAAAUACUGAAAUACAGAAGAAUGAAGCAGUAUGUCUGGCAAGUGAUACAGAAGCAGAAUGUGAUCCAGUUAUAGAGAAAGCAAAGAGUUACAGUAGCCAGAUAAAACAUGCUAAUCAAACUGAAGGUGCUUAUAUUAGUUCUACAUCAAUGGAAAAUGUUGGUAAACCUUCAAAUCAGAGCAAUAUAUCACAUGCUGUGGAGGAGGUACAUGCAAGGAAGGAAGACAUUUUGAUUGGUGAUGGGGUCUAUGAUGUUGGUGGCCGUGUUUCUGACAACAAGGAAGUCAGGAUACAGGAGCAAAUGUUGGAGGAGAUGCAUGCAAUGGAUAAUCCUUCACAAGAAAAGGAGCACAAAAAAUCUAGGACUGAUUCUUUUGACACGUCAGCUCCAGACCCUCCUAGAAUAACUAAUGAGCCUGACGUCAGAGAUUUGACUAAAUCAAGUAGAUCUCCCCUGGAAGCAGACACAACUUCUCAUAGGGAACCUUUAAAUACUUCUUUUCGGCAAGAAGUUCAAGACACUUUACAUGAGGACUCCACUGAAAAUCCAAGCACUGUUGGAAAGAAGAAGAAAAGGAAAAGGCGUGAAUUGGCCCCUUCUAAAGCUUCUGCUCAAGAAACAAGUGAACCAUCAGCUGGGGCUAAGGAGUUAUCAAAAUCCACAGGUGAUGCACAUAAAGUUGAAUUAAAUGGCAGAGAUGAAAUUACAGUCAAAUCAUCUGGUUUGACUCUUUCAUCAUCAGGACUCAAUGAUGAAAACCAGGGGGGCAAACUUGUUCAGUUUACGAGCGAUGCUCUGGCAUCUACUGAUCUAAUCUCUGAACAAGGGAAGAUUGAUCAUGCUAUUAAAGGAUGUAGAAAUCCUGCCAUUGGAGAUGCCAUUUAUUCCGUAGGUGAAGUUGUAGCUAGUGACGGGGAAAAUCCAAAAGGGAGCAGCACCCCUUGGAAUGGAGGGGAGAGGCAUGAACAAAUAAAACAACAUGAUCAGGGAAGUCAUGAUGAAGUCGUAGCUGAAAUAAGCAACAUGGAGAAAGAUGGGAAAGGUACAGAUGCCUUGGAGAAGAGGCAAACGAAUGAUAAUACUUCUCAAUUGAAGAAGCGUAAGAAAGCAAAGAAGGCUGGUUCUGUUGACCGAGCUUCCCUGGAUACUAUUCAUGAAAAGGAGAUGCACGGGUACAGAGAGAACGCAGUCAGAUUGGAUGCAGUUUCUACUGAAAGGGGGAUUGUCCAUGACCCUUUGCCACAGCAACCAAACAAUGUGCAUCAAGGGGAGUCAAAUAUAAUAGAAAAUCCAAAUGGUGAUGGAAAGAAAAAGAAAAGAAGACGCCGCCACGCAGAAUCAUCAAAGGGUGUUGAUCCUAGUCAAGAUCUGACAAAAUUAUCUGAAUUUGUUACAAAUGAAAGCUCGAUGCAUUUCGCAGAUGUUGCCCCUCUAGAUGUGAAGCAAACAACACCAGGCGGUAUAGAAGGAGCAACAGUUGUUGACCAUAAGGAGCUUGGUGAAAACCUAGUGGCAAAGAAUGUGAUUGAUGAGGUAUUGGCAGAUCUAAGGUCUAAAGACAGCUCAAGUAAGGAUUUGGAUGAAGAUAUAUUAGCAGGACAAACUCACCUAGGCAGCAAUAAGAAUGAACUGGAUCUUCCUGAAUCCACGACAGAUAAAGUUGGUGUUAGUGCAUUAUUACCUCCAAAAUAUCCUACUGAUGCUCCUGCCAGCUCACCUAGACUUAAGAAGUCUAAGGGGGAAAAGUUGGAAGUGCUAUCAACAAUGAUUGACUCAUCUCAUCAUUCAAGAAGUGUGCCCAAAGAAGAUGCUAAUGGAGAAUUAAAUGGGUCUGAUUCUUUGAGGUUUUCUGACAAAACAAGUGAUCCUAAGGAUGUUUUAAAUGGAGAUGUCGUUGCACAAGCUGAUGACAAACCCAAAGCCACUAAGCGUCGGCGAAAGAAGGUUUCCUUAAAGCAGGUACCUGCAGAUAAUGUUAAAACUUUGGACGAGCAAGUCAGCCAGGUUGAUACAUUAGAUUUGAAGGGAGUGAAUGCUACACAAGCAAAUGAUGUCAUGGCUAUUGAAUCUGCCAGCCCUAAUGCUCAAAAGGCAAGGAAAAAACCUUUGAACUCUGAACUUCAAAGUUGGGAUCCUGCACGGGAACAUGAUUCCGGUGCAGAUUUGGGGAACCUCAGGCCUGAAAAGAGUCUGAUUAGACCUAAAAAUUUUGCUGAUGCUGCUGAACAAAAUUAUGAUAGCGCAGUUCAUCCUGCUACUGAUGCAAUCAAUUUCCUCGAUCAUUUUAGCUCCAACAAGAUGAAUGCUCCUUCAGUUUCUGCUGAACACAAACAAGAUAAUGGAGAUGAAACUUUAAGGGAAGUGAAAAACAAAAAGAAAAGUAAAAGAAAGCAAGGCACUGGUAGCAUUGAAUCAAAUGAUGUUUUAGAAUCUCUUCUUCCAACAGGCAAAACUAGCUUAACUGGUCAUCUUGAUACCAGCAAAGUUAUUGUACCAUUUGUUGCAGCAGAAAACAUGAACAAUGAAGAUGAGAAUGUGAAGAACGGAAAGGAGAAGAAGAGAAAAAGAAAAGUGAGUACGGAAAUGCCUGUUGCUGAAAAGGAAAAUCCUAAUUCUGAUAAUCAAGGCAUUGAUAUUGGUACCCAAGAAACUCUUUCUGUCGUACAAAAAGGAAGCAUGGGCCGAGACAAUGGAAAAGAUAGGGGCAGUAGAGUUACUCAGAAUGAUAGUAUAGUACAACACAAACCAGAAGAUGCCACUCUUGAAAAGAAGCUCCACCAGAACGGUGUUGAUGAUCAGAACACGUUGCUCGCUGAGGAUCAUGUACAUAUAAGCAAAGAUGUGAGGAAGUCCACUUCUAAAUUAAAGCCCCAUGCUAAGAGUAAGCAUGAUGAUUCUAUCAAGGGAAGGGUGGCUCCAAAUCCUAAGCCUGCACGCAACCUUGUGAAGGACUUUUCGACGAGUCCUCUAGUGUCAAGUGACAGCACAGAGGGCACGCCUCAAAAUGCUAACCGGUAUAGAGUUGCAGUACGGAAAGUUUCAAGUAAAAGGUAUGAACAAGCCAGUGAGAAAUCCAAAAAAGAGAAUAGGAAGGUAGGCAUUGGUGCAAUAUUCAACGAUGCCAACAGCGAAGGCUCUGAUGAUGAAUUGGACACCAAGAACGAUAAGGCUUUCAUGGAAGCAUCGGCUGAUAAUUCAGCUACAUCUGGUGACUCAGGUAUUUCAUCUGCAGCCUACGAUGAAAGUGACGUUCCUGAUGAUGAUGGCACUAUGUCCUUAUCUCAGAAGAGUCUCAGAGACGGUUUGCACAUCGGCUCCAUUCUUCGAGGUUCCAGUAGCUAUAGGAAGGCGAGGAAGAAGCAAUCUGAGCUUUUGGAUGAUGACACCAUAGUGCCUGAUAGCCAGCCUGCAGAUGGCCUUUGGGACUGAGCCUGAUGCUUACGAGAAGCACUGACCCUGCUUCAAACUUUUGCCUCUAUAUAUCCACACCUGAUGCAAUGCAAGUUUCUGGUACCCCUAAGAUGGUGGGCUUUAGAAGAGUUGGUAGCUGAACCUCUCUUAUUUAUAAUGUAAAAUGCAUGCCCAGCUGCGUGACUUGCUGAUGGCAAUUUUGUUGGUCAUAGCCAUAGGCCACACGCGGUUGUUCAUGGCCCCACCCCCGGUCCAUUUCGUUCUUUUGUCGGGCCUUCGCUCUGGCUAAACUGUGUCGUUGCCCGAGUGAGGCAACGAUGUUCACGCUACAGCUUACCAGUUGUCUAACACAACCAUGUGUAUUUUAAACUUAUCAUCCAUGAGAUAUGGAUCCUUCGGAUUUGUGUCUAA